CCCGCGAUACAACACUACAACAAUACACAAUUCGCCAUGGGAUCAAGUCAUAAACCACCGUCUGCGAAGGCGAGUCUGCCAUUCAAGACAGGCAACAAAGUCAGACGACAAGAUCUUCAUGUCAAGCAAAAGAAAGCCCGCGAUAGUUUGCGCCGAGAUGAGCGGUUCAAGAGGAAAAGAGAGGAGGACAAAAACCCUGAAAUGAGAGAAGCACGAUUGGCCAAGAACGUACCCAUUACGAUUGAUAAGAAACGUGUCUGGGACGAUGUUGACGGCGACGGAUUGAACGUCAGCGUAGAUGUUGAGCAAUUGAAGAGGCGGCGCAUCGAAGAGGCCGAAGCAGCAGAGCAAGAGCCUGUGGAGGAAGCAAUAGAGGAUGACGACGAUGCAGACAGCAUGUUGGACUCGGACUCGGAUGGAGAGAAAACCGAACCAAAGCAACGGCCUCGAGCAUCCUCUACGGCAGCUUCGACAACCAGCACAAACCUCGACCUAACACCCUCCUCACUAAGUAUCAAAUUCCCAACUCUCUUCUCCGACACACCACCACCCGCCCCAAAGAUCCUCCUCACAACCUCCAUAAACUCAACUCUCCACCACGAAGCCGACCUCCUCUGCACCCUCUUCCCAAACAGCACCUACAUCCCACGCUCCUCCCACCGCUACGGCCACAAGUUCUCCCUUCGCGAAAUCUCCAAGUUCGCUACAAAUCGCAACUAUACCUCCGUCAUACUCUUAAAGGAAGAUUCCAAGAAACCCACAGGGCUGACAAUCGUCCAUUUACCAGACGGGCCAACCUGCCACUUCAGCAUCGCCAACUGGGUUGACGGCAAGAAACUCCCCGGCCACGGCAACGCCACAAACCACUACCCCGAACUUAUCCUCAACAACUUCCGCACACCACUCGGUCUGCUCACCGCACGUCUGUUCCUCACCCUCUUCCCGCCACAGCCAGAGCUUCAAGGCCGUCAAGUCGUGACGCUACACAAUCAGCGUGAUUACAUUUUCCUACGGAGACAUAGGUACGUCUUCCGCGAGAAGAAGGAGACGGAGAAGAGUGUUGUUGGGCCAGAUGGCAAGGUGGUGGAGGGAGUAGAGGGUAUCAGAGCCGGAUUACAGGAGCUGGGCCCGAGGUUUACGUUGAAGUUGAGGAGAGUAGAUAAAGGUAUCGGGAGGGCGAGCAGUGACGGCGACGAUGCGGUGCAGUGGCAGUGGAAAGCGCAUAUGGAGAAGCAGAGGACGAGGUUUAAUCUUUGAAGAAUUUAUAAAUGGAUACCCAUGUUUUAACAUGAACCGAAUUUGUGUCUUCUUAAAUGAAAUGUGCCUACGUUAUGUGUAACAUUGGAGGCGGUUCAUUAAGCGAGCAAUAUUCUGCCUAAAGUGAGAAGACAAAGACUUACAAAAGUCACAGACGAAAUCAGGUAGAGCAUAGACCAGAGCGAGCAUAUGUUUCUCUAAUCUUCAAAAUCUCU